UAGGUUUUAUAACUUUCUUCUAUAGGGGUGGCCCAGAUGGUGGAUACCGUGGUGGCUUCCGUGGAAACUUCAGAGGAGGAUUCAGGGGCAACACAUAUGGACAAAACCGAGUGGCGGUUUCCGAGGUCGUGGUAGUGGUGCUCCCCGUGGUAGUUAUGGUGGAGGUUUUGGUGAAGGUGGCGGCUACAGGGGAGGGUACAACAGUGGAGGCUAUGGAGGACGUGGAGCUCCUAGAGGACGUGGCAGAGGAGACUUCGAUGGUGGAUUCCAGAAGCGAGGUGGCUACGGUGGUGGAGGAUAUAACUCUACCAACUAUGACAACAAUUACAGUGGCCAGAGUUACAACAGCAACCAGGGAUACAACAGUGGAUACGAUAAAUACCAGUCAAACUCUGGUUAUGACAACAGCUACGGGGGCGGCCAAAGUUAUGGGGGCAGCAACUUCGACAACUAUGACAGUAGGGGUGGGUACAGCACGUCCCAGGCAGGCUACAACAAUGGUACGUACUAAGCCCUUUACACAAACCCAGCAAAGCCAGGUUGCACAUAGAGGAUGUAGCAAGGUUUGUGGGGAGCAAGUACUGUCUUUAAAAACCUGUUCAAGUGGGAGACUUGAUUGGUGCUGUGCAACAACAAAGAUUAAAUCACCAUAAAACAAAAAUAAGGCAGUGGAGUCAUAGAAGUUUAUAAUGAAAGAAUGUGAAAAUGAAGAGAGGAUGCCCAAAGACAAAAAAUAGAUGUUUAUGAACAUGAAGAGUCUGAAGAUGAAUAAGAAAAAGACAGGAACAGAAUAUGAACAAUGAUGCUUAAAAACAAGCAUGGAGUGACAAGUAAAAGAUAAUAAUGAAAUGUUAGUAAUAAAAGUGAAAAUCAUAUAAUACAAGAAAUUACUCAGCAGAUUGAAGUGAAUUGUGUAUGGCUUCUUAAGUGUAAGAAAAACAUUAUCCAUGUACCCUGUGGAGGCUAUUAUUAAUUUUAUGUUUACUAAUGUGUUUGUAAUUAGGUAACUGACCAAACCAGGGGGUUGUUAGGGUGAGAAGUAUGUAAUGACAAUGGAUUAAUGUAAAAAUGAACUUUUGUGUAAAGUGACCAUAGGCCAACUUUUUUUUUUUUAAUGGUAUUUAAAAUUGUUUGUGUCUUCGGGGGUCCAUUUAUUUUUAUACUUGAAGUAACUAAAAGAUACUGUAAGUAAAUUGAAUUUAUGUGAGCUCCUUUUGUCUUUCUGACAAAUUUACAAUACACAAAAAAGGAAAAACAGAAAGGCCAUGGUCAAGAUGUGAAUUGUCUGUCCUUUGUAUUCUUAACAAGUGCUGCUAGCAGUUAGGCUUGCAGUUGUUCAAGUACAAUAAAACCUUUAAGUGAAAAA